GAGGGUUUUGGUUUGGGUUUUUUUUUUUUAAUAGUGUGUCAUCACUUUCAUUUAGAAAAAUAUGUAUGUCAGGAGUAAUGUCACUGGGAUCUAUCUGUUGUGAUAUAUCAGCAGAAUAACUGCUUUUCAGCUCCAGUAAAGAUGACUGAACAAAGUAAAAUGAUCAGAAUACAACAUGCUUAGUUAGAAGAGAUUUGUCAUAAUGAAGCAGUACAUAUCACAUACUUUCUUUUUGACAUUGGGAAAGUUACAGAUGUUUUUAUUCACUCUGCAUAAAAGAUGAUGUAUUUGUCACAUGUAUCUCUUUUUGUUAUUGCUUACUUGAAUUAUAAUUUAGGUCAAGAAUUCUUUCUGAACUUGUUUAUGGAGUGCUGUUGGUACUGUGUAGCUUGGUGUCAUUUUGACACCUCUCACCAUUAUUGUAAUACACAUAUUAAAAUAAUCAAGGAUCUUUUAUAUUAUUUAGACUAGCUUGAAGCUGCUUAUCCUCUGUGAUUCCCUUUUAUUCACAUUACUGAGGAACUCGCUGUCAUUAUGACAAGUAUAUAUACUUAUAUAAAUAUGAACUUGGGAAGCAACUGUUAGAGAAGAGAUAUAUAAUGACUGUUAAAAUGUUGCCACUUCCAAACAUAGUUUUUUCAAUUCUAAAUUUGUAUGAAGGUUGUACAGGAAUGCAAUGUGGAGUUUGAGAACUCAAAGUUAAGAGUCUUUCAGAAUCUGUGUGCUCAUGACAAAGAGGAAGGGUUAAAGGUGUCUCAUACACUGCACAGGAAAUAUCCUCUUCUCCAGUGCUUUGGAAUGCAAGAUCCAAAGCAGAAAAUAAGUUCAUCAUUCUCUCUUUUCCAACUGCAGUGAAGUAACUACUUACUGGGAUGACUCCUAAAACAUUUGCUGUCAUCUAGACAUUUUAAUGACAAAUUCUUAGAUCAAAGUAGCAAGUGAGGUGGGGCAGUGGUGAUUAAUGGCUUGAACAAAAAUAGAUUUUACUGUGCAUUUAUAACUGGGGUGUCAUGCCUUGGGUAUUUGUUAGGACUUUGAAGGCUGCAUACCUGCAGAACCUGUUGCAGUCUUUGAGGCUGGAGAAAGAUUUAAGAAUUUUUCUGUGAAGAUUCCUGCUCAGGGGGAGAAUUAAACUGACAUUAAGUUCUUAUGGCUGCACCAUUCCCCAUCAUGACAAAAGUGCAUGUGUUAAACAACGUGACAUCUGGCUGCUAUGUGUGGAAAUACUUCUAUGCUUCAUAAAAUGGGGAAUGUAUUUUUCAUGUCACUAGUGUCCUGGGAGGAACUGUUGAAGCUGAAAUGUCAUCUUUGAGGACACACUAUAAGUAAUUUUCUAAAUACAUAAACUAGAACAGGAAUACUGUUUUAUUAUUUCAUCUAGGAUGCAAUAUAAUGCUAAGCAUAAUGGGUGUAUAGGCACUCGUGAAUAUGUGUGUAAGUUUGAUGAAUCUGUGUGAAGUAGAUAUUCAAACAGAGUUUGCUUCAUGUAAGUAAAAGUACAAGAUACCAGUAUGAGCUGGUAUGUUUUAAUAGUCCUGUCACAUAUGCAUUUUAAGAAUAUGCUUGCCAUGAGGCAUCUGCCUAAAGCAUAAUCUGGGGCAGAGUUAAAUACUGCUUUUCUGAAUUGUCCUGGAGCCAAACUUAGUGAGGGCUAGGUGACAGGAAAAGGAAAAGCUGUAGUACAUAUAUGACUGGAUGUGCAGAUGUCUUGGUGGAGGUUAAGAUUUAAGAGUUCAGGAGAACACAGUUGCUUGCCUCUGCUUUGAAUCUGUGUCUGUUUGUACCACAAUCCACUGUCAUUAACUUGAUGAGGGGAAAAGACAUAAAGGAGAAUAAUUGAACUCCUUUGAUUGAAUACUUUUCUGUUCUGAGAUGUUUCUUGGAAGCCCUGAUAGUUCAUCAUGUCUUGUGAAAUUUGUAUACUGUGAAAGGGAUUUAACUGUUGCUCACUGGACAUGUGCUUGACCAUGUCUUUUGCCUGUUCUGUGUGCCGCUACAGUGGGAGCAGGUUGUCCUACCGCACCUCUCACUUCUAUUUUUCUCCUCCAAACUGGGAUGAUUCUGGGGGUUUGUAUAAAGUGCAGUGUAUUAAAAUACCACUCAAGCAUGGCCAGCAGAUUUCCCAGGGUGUUUGACAUGGCAUCGUAAUUCUCCUGACAAAGUUACUUCACCCCUGCUUUGAAUUUUAGAAGCUAGUUAUGGGUGAUUUGGCAUCAUUCAUGCUUAGUAAAGUUUGGAUUACUGAUCCUUUAUUCCAGUAAGUGGGGAGGGUAAUUGUUUUUUGUUGAAUAAAGGCUCUUUCUUUUACAUAGUAGUCAUUGGUUUAAGUUAAUGUCUCUGGAGGGUGCUUCUAGUUCAUUAGUGUGAUAUUCCACAUAUUAUAAAUCAUUUGAAAUAUUAAUGAAAUUCCUUCUAUCUGAGAUCAUAACAGUAGCAUUUUUUUGCUGAAAAUGUCUGGGAAAAUAUUUGGUGAACAAAGUUGAGAAUUAAGAAUCAUGGUGGGUAGUACAAUAACAAUAAGGUCUAACCUUAGCAACUAAGUUUUGUCUUUUUCUUAGCUUUUAUAUGAUUACCCGAUAUUGCCCAUUUUUUUCCUAGUCUGCCCUUUAGUAAAAAUUUGCUGUAACAAUUCUGUAUGUGGCUAGUCUAUAGUGCACUGAAGAGAAAACCUUGAUAACAAGAACAGCAAGCCUUAAGAAUUGCUUGCACAUGGAAAGCAAAGGACAAAACCUAAAGGAUCCAAGUGUGGCUAUGCAGAGAAGCCUUUUAUGAAUUUGACAGUAGGAUGCUAUUGCUGUUUGAUAGCAAGCUUUACAGGAGUCAAAACUGCUACAUUUUGGACUUCUUGGAAAGAUGAUUUUUCUCAGUGCUUAGUCUGAAAAUAUAGCACAUGCACAUAGACUGUCCAUUUCUCUUGAGUCAAAUUCUGACAGUACAAUUCUCUGAGUUUCUAAUCAGCCAAAAUACAGGCAUGUUGUAUUCCAGUUUGCUGGGGAGAGUUGCCUGUAUCAAAGCAAUGUGGAAGGGGGGUGGACAUAGAAUCUAAGUGAAAAAAACAUGUUUUGGGUACAUGUUUCUGGACUCUGGGUGACUUAUGUUUGUUAGGAAAACUUUUUAGCUGAGAUAAUAAGUAACCUAUUGAAAGUGCUCAAAAUGUCACUUCUCCUGCCUCCACAAAAAAAAAAAAAGAGAGAAAAUACAGAGGGGAAGAAUUUCAAGUACACACUUUGGUAUUAAAAAAAAAAAGUCACCACCUGAGCAUCUUGGCAGUUGAGCUGUUCAGUGUCAGCUUUUCUUUCUUUGACUAUAGGAGCUGCUUGUGAAUGACACCUGAGUGCAUUUGCCCUCAGAUAACCUCUUCAAGAGGCCUUUCCUUUCUUGUAGCUCUGUGGUUCUAAUGUGCAUACUUUUGUGCUCUCUCUCUCUUCCCCUUGCUUAGAUGUGUGGUGUGGGUGUGCCACUUGCAGUGAGCAUUGUACCACUGUGUUCUGGAAGGUCAGCACAUCAUAGCUUUUUGGAAACAGAAAUGCAUUUUUUUUUUUAAAUUUACUAUUGUUUUUUGCUUUUUUUGCUUUCAUCUUAAUGUUUUUGCUUUCCUUUAAUCUUUCCUUCUGGUGUAAUAACAUUUGCCCUUUCAUUGCACUCUUUUCACACGUAUUAUACUGUCUUUAAACCUUCCCCCCACACUUUGCUCUUCUGUGUUCCAUUUUCUCCUUCCAGCUGACUAUCCUCACCCUUCUGACUUCUGCAUCUAUAAUGCAGUAGCUGCACGACUGCCUCAGACUGCUGUUCCAAAAGGAAUUGCUGUUGUUCUGCUUUCCUGCUCACCCACAGCACCUCUGUUGUGCUGCACAAGAGCAUUGAAUGCUCUCAAUACUCAGAGUCCAUCAUGCUUGUAGUGCGGGGGGCCUUCUGUGCUGUUUUGGAUCUCUGAAGAGGCCUUCUCAGACAAAUAAAGUCAAGACAUCUCCAAAAUCUUGGGAUGGUGGCUGUCAUUUGAGUAGAUGGGAGUUAGCAUUGUUUAAAGGGUGGGGAAGAGAGAACUGUAGUUAAAACUGGGACAGUUUGUGGUUGGAGAUCCCAUUUUAGAUGUGAGCUAGGGGGCAGGCUGACACAUUAAAUCUGAAAUUAGUGUGUCCUAAGACCUUCUGAAACCAAGGUCAGGCCUUCUGUAAGGCAGGGUGUUCUAUGCUGUUAAGAGGGAAAUAGAAAGCAGCGUUAGCAUGUUUAACUAGAUAAAUGGUUAAAACGGGCACAUUUUCAUGGUUUUAGCAAGGAACUAUCAAAUACUGCCAAAAAAAGAGAGACCCUGCAGUCACUGACCAAGGGGAGGGAGGGAGUGAGGGAGCUAUGCCUCCCGUUUGGGGGAGUUGCAGUCCCUGCUAUUUUGUAUUGCUAUAAUGCAUAAACCUACCACGUGCUUAUGGGAUGUGUAAGGCUCUUCUGCAGUUAAGUUGAAAAAGAAAAUCCUUGAGUCAUCACAGAAAAUGCAAUUAUUAAUAUUAUUAUCAGCAUGAGAGAACAGAGUCUUUAUUGAGAAUACUGGUCAUAUUGAGAUGUCAUCAGAGUCUAUCUAAAACCCACAUAAAAUUUCGAACUUCACAGUUUGGUGUUGCCAAUUCCAAGAGUACAACGAGAAUGAGUCACAUCUUCCAAGGUUUGCUUAAAAAUCAGAGAAGUUAAUUUUUAAUUUGGUUUGAUUUUUAUUUGCUUUUUUAUGUCAAAGCUGAUUUGUUUUUUCCACCACUUACAAUGCCCACAACCUUUUUUUUUUUUUUUUCUUUUUUUCAAGAAGGGAUUUUUUUUAACUAAAGUAACAAAGAUUUCAGGAUAUGUAACAAAAUUAUGUAAUUACUACCAACUCAUCAGGUAAUUAUCAAAGUAAUCCCGCUUUAGUAGAAGGGAGGAGUAGGAGGUUAUAGAAUAAAAUAAGAUUAAGCUGAAUUUUCAUAUGUACUGUUUUGAGUAACCAAAAGUCACAUGCUAGAGAAGAGUGUUGUCACUGGAAUAAUAUACUUCAUUCAGGACUGGGUAGAAAUUUAAUCUUGUCAUAGAAAUUCUGUCCAGUAUUUCUAGAGGCAUGGAAAUUUCUUCCAAGAAGUUUACUUUUUAAAGUCAUCUUUUACCUCUCUUCUCAUUCUUUCACUUUCGUAAAAAACAAAUGAGAAGAUUUACUUAAUCUUUAUAUAUUUAACACAAAGCAUUAAAGUGGAAAGAUUACAUACAAGAUCUCUUCUGUAAUCUUUAGUUCUCUAUGAGGAAUUAUCUGACAUACCUGCAAACUGCAUCAGGUAAAAAUCUAUUCUUAAUGAUGUUGGAUGUCUUCUCUCUCUCUCUUUUAAAUUAUUAUUAUUUUUAAUAAUGCUCCUUCUAUCACAUAUUCUUACUUGGAUGGGCUUGGAAAAAUUCUUUUGAGGGAGUCAGAAAUUCUGUCAGACCCCAGCUGAGUUGCAAUGACACAGCACAUCCCAAAGCGAGGGGCUGCAAAUUAGAGAGGUUCUGCUUUCUUUGAAGUUUAUGAUUUAAGUCCCAGAUUUGAGAUUUUGUGCCUUUUCCCUCUAUAAUAUGAAGAGGGAUUUUUUUUCUCUUCAUAGCAAAGGUUAAUUCUAAUUUUGGGCAAAUAAUCUGUGGUCAGUUUUACUGGACAGUAGGUUCUUGCCAUGGUAGCAGCAGCAUUCUGAAUGUUUUUAUUGCAUCUCCCAUUUAGUCUUGUAGGUGACUUCUGAGCUAAAUAAAAAGUCCCAAACCAGCUCCCUGUUUGUAUUUCUUGAAAAGAAGUCUUUUGUAUCAGAGCAGACAAAUUCAGCUGUAAUGAAACAAAACUUUAUGGAAAGAUAGAAUAUUUACUUUUGCAAAACUUGCCUACUGUGCAGAUUUUCCUUGACACAAUUUAUUAGUUCUGUAAGGAGUUUUUCUCUUGCUGGAAAAUAGGCAACUAGUUUAAAACCAAUUGCAGGACAGAUAUACUAAAAUAUAUUAACUUUAAAAAUUUUACAGAAUAACUGCUUUCUCAUUUUUUAUGGUUUUGUUACCUCGAAUUAAGGUGGCACCAGCUGCUGCCUGUCUGCAUCACUUGUGCAUAGCCUGAAGAGGUAUCAUUCACCAAUGGGAGUGAAGUAAAGUGCCCCAGCAGCUUUGUGGAGCAACCCAUAUUUCUCAGCAGCACAAGUUCAAACCCUACUCAAGGCUUGCACCAAGUCAAAAAGGAGCUUGCGAGAACAUUUCUUUUGCUAGAUCUAUUGUGUAGAACUUUCUAUUCUGCUGAACUAACUGUAGAAGAGAAACAUGCUUCUGGGCACUACUACACUUCCCACCCUUGUGCGCACACCUACCUUGAUGAUGCAGCCUUCCCUGGAUAUCAAACCCUUUAUGUCCUUCCCUGUGGACAGCAGCUCUGCUGUUGGAUUCUUCCCAAAUUUUAACACAAUGGAUCCUGUGCAAAAAGCAGUCAUAAACCAUACAUUUGGAGUGUCCAUUCCCCCAAAGAAGAAGCAAAUAAUUUCCUGUAAUGUCUGCCAGCUUCGUUUUAACUCUGAUAGCCAGGCCGAGGCCCACUACAAAGGAAGUAAACAUGCCAAGAAGGUCAAAGCACUAGAGGCAACGAAAAACAAACCCAAAGCUGGUUCUUCCAAGGACAGCGCAAAGGUUAACACGGGCUGCUCCACCACGCCAGUCACAGCCAGCAUCUCUGACAAUUCAGAAGAUAAAGGGAAUGAAAAACCCAACAGUGUGAGUCAGCAGUCCAAUACAGAAGUGGAUCCUUUUCUUCCCAAACCUGGAGUGGUGCCUGCAGCACCUGCCUCAUCUUCCAAGAGCACCAACGGAGCUGCUAACACAGUUACUGAGUCAGAAGAGGAAAAAGCCAAAAAACUACUUUACUGUUCAUUAUGCAAAGUGGCUGUGAAUUCCCUUUCACAACUAGAAGCCCACAAUACAGGCUCCAAGCACAAGACCAUGGUUGAAGCUCGGAAUGGUGCUGGUCCCAUCAAGUCUUACCCUAGGCCUGGAUCCCGAAUGAAGGUGCAGAAUGGCAGCAAAGGCUCAGGACUGCAGAACAAGACGUUCCAUUGUGAAAUCUGCGAUGUGCAUGUUAAUUCAGAAAUUCAGCUUAAACAGCACAUUUCCAGCCGAAGGCAUAAGGACAGAGUUGCAGGAAAGCCUAUGAAACCUAAAUAUAGUCCUUACAACAAACUGCAGCGCAACCCAAGUAUUUUAGCAGCAAAACUUGCAUUCCAGAAGGAUAUGAUUAAGCCGCUGGCACCUGCUUUCCUCUCGUCUCCUCUUGCUGCAGCUGCAGCUGUAUCAUCAGCUCUGUCCCUCCCUCCCCGGCCCUCGGCAUCCCUGUUCCAGGCACCAGCAAUUCCUCCAGCCCUCCUCAGGCCAGCCCACGGGCCCAUCCGGGCAACACCUGCCUCCAUACUCUUUGCACCAUACUGAUUUAGUCAUGUGAAAAAGAGAUAACUAUGGCCAGUACAAAGGGCAAAGGAAAGCAGUAAAGGGGUUGAGGUUUUAAAAUGUUUCUCUUUUGCAAUGCCAUCCAGCAUGACACCUCGUCCAACCACAUCAUAAAAUCCAUCGUUGGCGGCACUGCGUUUUGGAGUCUAGACAACUCUGUCUUUUCUCUGUCUCUAUUUUUUUAAUCAAAAUAGUAUGAUUUGCUUCAAAUCAAAUUGCUCAUAAAUUUUGUACCAUUAAAGAUUCAUGCUUCUAUUCUUUUUUCUUUUUGUUUUUUGGGCAUUUUUUUGGUUUGUUUUUCAAUUUGUAUGAUGCACCUUGGAAUCAAGGAUCAUAAAAUAUUUUCCUGACAGACUUGAAAACUAGGGUCUUCCUCACUCACAGCUAUGUAAAUACUUCUCUGAAAAGCAACGGGGUAUAAUCUACUGUGGAAAAAAGGAAAAGGCAGGUGAACCAAAUGCUUGAUUGCAGAUAACAUCUCAAAAAAUAAUUGCAUCCAUUACUUUUGUGUGCUCUUGUUGACAGGGAUUGUGUGCUGUCCUAGACCCCAGUACUGGUGUAUCUUGUGUAGUACUACAGAUGUACCAUGUCUGAUUUUAAUAUUUUUAGUUUCUGUGCAAAUGUUUGAAAGCAAUGCAAUGCUGAAGCUUUUAAUUAUUUCUUUUGUGUCAUACUUUAUUUAGAGAAAUCAAGAAUAGAAAGCCAUAUAACAUAGAGUUAAGAUUACUGCUUGUUUGUUACUUUCAUUUAACUUAUUUUUGUUGUUUCUUCACUGGUGUUGCUAAGCAAUGUUUAAAGAGAAAAAAAAAGCUUUUCAAUUGCACAUUGCCACAGCUCACAUGUGUUGUUCAAGAAGACAAUGGAUCCAUGUGUUUGUACGUAAAUAUCCUGUUUUCUUAAUUUCUAACUAGUUUCCUUUGUAAUGAUGCUGCAUAACAUUGUGGCUCCCUAAUGCAAUAAUGUACAGAACAUAAAAUAUUUAUAAUUGACCAUAGUCUCUGUUUACUGAAUAUAUUGAAGUAAUGUCCCACCUAUCUUCUUACCUCCCCAACCCUUUUAUAAAGGUGAAUCAAUAUGCAGUGCUCAGACUGGAGUCGUUACAUGAUAAUGGGGACUACAGGUGGAAGAAAGGGGAAAAAAAAGAUAAUUAACUUUUAGAGCAUCUUUAUCAGCAAUCCAUAAUAGUAAGAUGUCUGUGUAUUUUUUUAAAUGUACCUUUUCAAUAAAAUAAUAAGAAAAUUA